AUGAAACUGGGGAGUUUGAUUCCAGCGCUAAUUGCCGCCAACGUGGCCCAAGCGCUGCAUUUCUACAUUGACACGGACGAAACAAAAUGUUUCUACGAAGAAUUGCCAAAAGAUACCAUUGCCGUGGGCAAAUACGAGGCGUACGAAUGGAACUCUAAGCAAGAGGACUAUGUGCCGGCCGACAACCUGAAAAUAGAAAUCACUGUGGACGAGACGUUCGAUAACAACCACCGUGUUGUUUCGCAAAAGAACGCCCCAACUGGCCAGUUCACCUUCACCUCCUACGACUCCGGUGAGCACAAAUUCUGUUUGACCCCUAGACACACCGACUGGUCCAAGAGAGCAAGACACAGAGUCUUCUUCGACCUGGUCAUCGGUGAUGCCAAGCCACUCGUCGACUCCAAGAGAACAGGCGACAUCAACUUCCUCACCCAGAAAUCUAACGAGCUCGUCAAGAAGCUGCAAGAGAUCCGCAGAGAACAGAGUCUUUUUAGAGAAAGAGAGGCCGCUUUCAGAGACGUGUCCGAGUCCGUCAAUUACCGUACCGUCAAGUGGACCAUUCUCCAGGUGGUUGUGCUUGUCGCCACGUGCGCCUGGCAACUCACCUACCUCAAGACCUUCUUCGUCAAGCAGAAGGUGGUUUAG